AUGAAGGACAUGUUUGCCCUUCUAGACGUCAUCGCCGUGGAAGACCCAAUCAAGAAAGGGGACUUCUGGCGCGAACAACUGUUCGUUAAGCUUCCAGAACCGUGGCAGGACAGGCCGAUAUCCUUCAAAGAGCUAGCUGGAUGCAAUUCUCUCUCAGGCUUACGGAUUGCGGUUCCCGAGAUGUACCUUGGCGGCCCUACCCCCUCUGGAGCAAAGCCAGUGACAACAAGCCCAGCGGUUGUUGAGCUUUGGAAGCAAGCGAGAAAAGACCUCGAGGCGCUAGGUGCUGAGAUCGUUAUGGUUCUCGACUUUCCUGCGGUGACAGCCUACGAAAAUGAUGAACUUCUGCCUAAUGGUUGCCCAAAAAGGCCGAAUGACUGGGUUUCCAUGGAAAGAAGUGCUCUCAUUGCUCAUGCCUGGAACGAUUUUCUCAAAAGCUUUAAAGACCCGCGAAUUCCGGAUCUCGCUGCAGUUGACCCAUUCAACAUUUACCCAGACGCACUACGAACGGAGCCUGAAUUGAGACAUUUCGACAAGCCUAACGCUAUUCUGUACCACAAACUGGUUGAUUACAUCAGAAAUGGCAGUAUCAACAACAUCGAAGGGCUCGAUGUGGCUAUCAAGGCUUUGGAAGGGAUGCGUAGAGUUCUCCUUGAAGACUGGCUCACAGAUCUCGGCUGCGACUGUGUGGCUUUCCCGGCAGCCGGAGACGUUGGUCCCGCCAAUGCUGACUCUAGCUUCGAAGGCGCGGACUUGGCAUGGCGAAAUGGUGUUCAUUAUAGCAAUGGAAACAGGACGAUCCGACAUUUGGGGAUCCCGACUGUGUCCGUGCCGAUGGGUAUUCUUGCCGAUAAGGGCGUCCCGAUGAACUUGACCUUCGCUGGGAGAGCAUACGAUGACGUCAAGUUGCUGAAGUGGGCGAACGCCUUUGAAGUGCAGACGCAACGACGGAUCCCGCCGCCUCAUACACCAGCCCUAGACUCGGAUAUUGUGCAGCUUGAUUCUUCGGUUGAAGAAAGGGCUCCCCGUCCCGAGUUGAAUGUUGAGAAGUUCGAAGUUGCUCAAGGCUGCUCCGGUUCAGUACUUGACGUGAUCAUUGACGGUUCUGUCAAGACAGCGACCUAUAUUCAGGAUGUUCCAGUAUUGGAGGUCACGGUCGACGGUGCAACGGUUCCUUUGGAAAAGAUCAACAUAAGUCCAGAGCCAGAGACCUUGGAGGGGGAGAGAAGAUAUCACUUCAGAGUCCGAACGAAGACUCCAAAGCCCGUUGACAAGAACGGGCUAGAAAAGACUUGGGUUCCUGUCGCCCGUGACAAGAACAUGGCUGUCAUCCUAGCUAGGACUGCUAUUGGUGGAAAGGCGACUGGGUGGUUCGGACUCAUCUAG